GAGUUUCUCUAGCAGAGCCUUGUUGUCGCUCUUUUGUUAAUAAAGUUUGCUUUUGAAGCCAGUCAAGAUGGCAGAGUACGAUCUCACCACCAAGAUUGCACAUUUUCUGGACCGGCAUUUGGUUUUCCCUUUGCUGGAGUUCUUGUCUGUGAAAGAGAUCUACAAUGAGAAGGAACUCCUCCAGGGAAAGCUGGACCUACUCAGCGACACAAACAUGGUGGAUUUCGCCAUGGAUGUGUACAAAAAUCUGUAUCCGGACAAGGAAAUCCCACACUCUUUAAGGGAGAAGAGAAGUACUGUAGUGGCCCAGCUGAAGCAGCUCCAGUCAGAGACGGAGCCAAUCGUCAAGAUGUUUGAAGACCCGGAGACCACUCGACAGAUGCAGUCCACGAGGGAUGGGAGGAUGCUGUUUGACUAUCUGUCAGAAAAGCACAAUUUUCGUCAAGAAUAUCUGGAUACUCUUUACAAGUACGCCAAAUUCCAGUAUGAAUGCGGUAACUACUCUGGGGCUGCAGAAUACCUCUACUUCUUCCGCGUCUUGGUCCCCUCAACAGACAGGAACGCACUGAGCUCCCUGUGGGGAAAAUUGGCUUCUGAGAUCCUGAUGCAGAACUGGGAAGCAGCCAUGGAGGAUCUCACUCGUCUAAGGGAAACUAUCGACAACAAUUCUGUGAGCUCUCCACUCCAGUCACUCCAGCAGAGGACCUGGCUCAUUCACUGGUCCCUCUUUGUGUUCUUCAACCAUCCGAAAGGCAGGGACAACAUAAUCGAGCUCUUCCUCUACCAGCCUCAAUACCUGAAUGCCAUCCAGACAAUGUGCCCGCAUAUCCUGCGAUAUCUCACAACCGCAGUCAUCACCAACAAAGAUGUACGAAAGCGCAGGCAAGUUCUCAAGGACUUGGUGAAAGUCAUCCAACAGGAGUCCUACACAUACAAGGACCCAAUCACGGAGUUUGUGGAGUGUCUCUACGUGAACUUCGACUUCGACAGCGCACAGAAGAAGCUGAGGGAGUGCGAGUCGGUUCUUGUGAACGACUUCUUUCUGGUCGCUUGUCUGGAGGACUUCAUCGAGAAUGCCCGACUCUUCAUCUUUGAAACCUUUUGCCGCAUUCAUCAGUGCAUCAGCAUCAACAUGCUGGCAGACAAACUCAACAUGACGCCUGAGGAGGCGGAGAGGUGGAUCGUCAACCUCAUCCGUAACGCCAGACUUGAUGCCAAGAUCGACUCAAAACUGGGUCACGUCGUGAUGGGCAACAACGCAGUGUCGCCGUACCAACAGGUGAUCGAGAAGACCAAGAGCUUGUCCUUCCGCAGCCAGAUGUUGGCGAUGAACAUUGAGAAAAAGCUGGCACACAGCAGCAGGAACGAGACACCAAACUGGGCUGCUCAGGACUCCGGCUUCUACUGAGCAUGAGCUGAAAUGAGCAUCAGGAAGAUUCGGAAGCCUCUCGGGAUGUUAUUGAAGCUUUUUAUUGACAGAUUUGUCAGUUUAUCCACCGUUUUUAUUUAACUGCCUGUCAUUGAACAAUAAAGCAAUGAAGCGAGGCAGCUUAUUGACACUCAAGAUGUUACAUGAUAACCUAUUUAUAAUCUGCUAUCAGUAGAUUUAUUUUUAUUUGUUUUUUAAGAUGAAGCUUAUUUCCUUGCACUCUGAAAGUAAUCAUCUAAAAGCCUACAUGACAGUUUACAUUAAAGAUUUCUGCCCCCCCCUU